GUCCUACCGACUGCGGUGCCUGGCAACAGAAAAAGACGUGAUGACGUCCUCUUCAGAUUGCGUAUUAUGGGAUGUGCGAAAUUAAACAACCCGAAGAGGACACGGGGAAGCCAAAAAUAAUAAAAGGGACAGAAAUAAACGGAGGUGCAUGGUGAAUCAUGGAGCUCUCGGCUGUCGGUGAGAGCGUCUUCGCAGCCGAGUCCAUCAUUAAACGGCGAAUCAGACGGGGUCGUUGGGAAUAUCUAGUGAAAUGGAAGGGCUGGUCUCAGAAGUACAGCACUUGGGAGCCGGAGGAAAACAUUCUGGAUGCACGACUCUUCGCUGCCUUCGAGGAGAGGGAGCGCGAAAGGGAGCUGUUCGGGCCGAAAAAGAGGGGACCCAAACCUGAGACAUUUCUUCUGAAGGCCAAAGCCAAAGCCAAAGAAAAGACGUAUGAAUUUAGAAGAGAGGCUCCCAGAGCGAUCCAGGUUUCCUAUCCCAUCCCGGAGCCUGUCAUAACACCAAGGGCCCGGGAGGGUUUACGCGCCGUGGUUCCCACAAUCUUCCCACCGAGCGCGGUCAACAGAGGAGAGAGUGUCCACGUCCGACCACCGGAGCCAGAGAGGAGGCCCAGGCCAACCCCUCCAGCUGCCCUGACACUCCAAGAACCCACCGGGUUCCCCAAGAAGAGAGGGCGCAAACCGAAGCUGCAAUUACAUUAUGAUCAAGAUGAUGGCUGCAGCUCAGCAGAGCCGGACACCAAGCGGAGCAGGUUCCUGGAGGAGCCGGUGUCACACGGCCUUUCCAAAAUGACCCGACGCCUGCAUCACCACGGGGAGACGUCAGACCACAGCCUCCUCCAGCUGACUAAGAGGUUUCAGGAGGAGACCACGAUUACACCCAAAUCCAGCGGCGAGCAGAGACACUUGGUGGGCGCGGGCUUGUCUUACACCUGCGCGUUCAGCCCAGAUAAAGCGCGUAAAAGCGACCACAUGGGGCACAGGACUCAUUUUCUGAGCAGGGUGUCUGUUCCUCAGCCCGGCAAGCUGAAGCACUCUGCAGAGCACCGGAGCCAUCAGUUGAAGCAGUACUGUCUGCCCCGGGAACAACCUGCUGUCAUCUCCACAGAGGCCGAGUCCAUCCACGAUGAAACCGCGCGAUCAGCCUCGUCCUGGACCCCCAGUUUCACCAACCUGGACACUGUGACCGUGACAGAUGUCACUAUGAACUUCUUGACAGUCACCAUCAGAGAGAGCAGCACGGACAAAGGCUUCUUCACUGAUAAAAGAUGAGUAUAUGUGCUCUGGAUGUUUAGGUCAGCGGAGGCUGUUAUAUGCCGAAAUCAUUGUUUAACAAGCUACUAACUAACAAGCCUACUGUAAUACUAUAUUUUUUCUAUGUAACUUUCAAAAGUGUACAUAUACAAAUAUUUAAUACGCUGCUGAAAAAAUAAAAAAAAAAGGAAAGUGA